AUGAUAAAUUGCUUAACUAACUUUUAUGCUUCCAUUCGGAAUAUCUCCAAGUCUGCCAAUUCAGCAAGUUUAGAGUUUAAGAGAGCUAUUUGUCUCUGAAGACGGUCAAAGGGCCUGAACUUGAAGCAGGAGGACUUCUAUAAGUAUUUCAAUAUAUUAUGAUGAUGAAUAAAGUUAGCACUCCCCACCAUGAUUUCCGAUCAAAUUUGUUCAGGAAGAAAUUAUGGGCAAUCCUAUCAAGCCUCCACAGAUUUGACGGAAAACCUUUCUAAUACCAUGUUGAUUAAGCAGAGAGAUUUUUCAUUGCUAAUGCAUUAAAUCCAACACAUGAGAUCCUGUUGAAGAUGCCAUUGAUCACUCUGAGAUGCCCUAAACCUUCAGUUAUAACUUCCUCAUUUAUUCAGACUACAUUGAGGACAAU